AUGCAGGCGUCUUCCAGCGUCUUCGAACCCAAGAUGAAGUCACAGCCCGGCUUCUGCGGACCUUUCGGAUACAACGAAGUGACCAUGAUACCAGCUGGAGCGACUCACAUCCGAGUCACCGAUAACAGCAGGAACUAUCUGGCUCUUCAGAACGGUCGCUCCCAGUUUGUGAUCAAUGGCAACUGGAAGAUUAGCAUCCCGGGCGAGUAUAGCGUUGCCGGGACGAAACUGCUGUAUCGGCGCUCUGCAGACACCUGGGAGAGCUUCGAGGUGCCGGGACCCACAAUGGAAGACCUGCAUCUGAUGGUUCUGGCGACCGAUAAAAACCCGGGGAUCGAAUACGAGUACUGGCUUCCCCCGGACCAGUACGCCCUCUACCACGGGAGGAGGAGUCCGCUACGUCAGGCUCACCACACGGCCAGCUACGUCCCCUGGGAGCAGCCCACCACCACUACACCCACUACCACCACCACUACUACCACCACCAGUACCCGACCUCCUCCCGUCACCCCCCGACCCCACUGGUUAAGGCCUGUGAAGCCGCCUCGCCAACCUUCCCACCACAACCGCCACCAGCGUCCGCACCACCAGCCCAUCCUGCCCCGCCUGGAGCGGGAGGAGAACCACAGAAACCUCCUGCCUCAUCCUAUACCUGGACGGAAUUGUGGAAAAUGUCUUCGGGUCAAAGGUCGAAGGGAACGCCAGAGACAGUACUGCCAGAAGGACUUCGUUUUCCGGGUCCGAGUCCUCGGGAAGCUGUACAGAGGCGAGGAGACGCGUUACGACGUCCAGAUCAUCCACACCUACCGGAACCGCUUCCGCCUGGAGCACCGGGAGUUCCUCUGGGUCCCGAACGUGUGCGACUGCCCCAACGUUGAGGAGGGGCGACAGUAUAUACUGAUGGUGCGUCGGCACAUUAACUAUGAGCACACGUUAAACCGCAUCCUGCUGGAGGAGGACAGCUACGUGGUGCCGUACUCGCCCAGAGAGGACGAACUGGUGCAGCUUCUCGAAACGCAUUGCAACAACAGAGGACGCCGACAACGAGCAGAACACAGGGGAUGA